ACUUCCUUUCUUUCCGUGGCCUCGUUGCCGAUCAUUGAUAGUCGGUCGGUCGGUCGGAUUCGAAUAAACAGCGAAGAUGGUGGCCGCUAAAAAGACGAAAAAGUCGAUGGAGUCCAUCAACUCUCGGCUCCAACUAGUGAUGAAAAGUGGGAAGUAUGUUCUUGGCUACAAACAGUCCCAGAAGAUGAUCCGUCAGGGGAAAGCCAAGCUGGUCAUCCUGGCUAACAACUGUCCUGCCCUCAGGAAAUCUGAGAUUGAGUACUACGCCAUGCUGGCCAAGACGGGUGUCCACCAUUACAGUGGAAAUAACAUUGAGCUUGGCACAGCUUGUGGGAAAUACUACAGGGUUUGCACGCUGGCCAUCAUUGACCCUGGUGAUUCUGACAUCAUUAGGAGCAUGCCAGAUCAGCAGCCACAGCCGCAUGUAAGCUGUGGCUCUCUCUCCUUGUUCAAAUAAAGUUGCUGUAAAU